GCCCCGCCGCCACGUGACGGGCGGAGGGCGGCGAGGCAACAUGGCCGCGGCGGGACCUUCUUUUUGGCUGGGGAAUGAGACCCUGAAAGUGCCUGUAGCACUCUUUGCCUUGAAUAGAAGACGGCUGUGUGAUCGCCUGAGACAGAAUAAAGAUGUCCAGAAGAACUCAAUUGUUCUGCUGCAGGGUGGAGAAGAAACCCAGAGAUAUUGCACUGAUACUGGUAUCGUGUUUCGCCAGGAAUCUUACUUUCACUGGACUUUUGGAGUAACUGAAGCAGGCUGCUUUGGAGCAGUAGAUGUUGAUACUGGAAGAUCCAUGAUUUUUGUUCCACAACUCCCUGAAAGUUAUGCAGUUUGGAUGGGAAAGAUUCACCCUCCUGAAUACUUCAAGAAAAAAUAUGCUGUGGAUGAAGUCCACUAUGUAAAUGAGAUAUCCAAUGUCUUGGCUUCGAAGAAACCUUCUGUGCUCCUUACUUUGCGCGGUGUUAAUACUGAUAGUGGAAAUAUCUCCAAAGAAGCUUCAUUCGAGGGAAUCAGCCAAUUCAACGUAAACAACAAAAUCCUUCAUCCUGAAAUUGCAGAAUGUCGUGUGAUUAAGACAGACAUGGAAUUGGAAGUUCUGCGCUACACCAAUAAAAUCUCCAGUGAAGCUCAUAAAGAGGUAAUGAAGGCAGUAAAAGCUGGUAUGAAAGAAUAUGAGCUGGAGAGCCUUUUCCAGCACUAUUGCUAUACUCGAGGUGGCAUGCGCCAUACUUCCUACACUUGCAUCUGUGGCAGUGGGGAGAACUCAUCUGUUCUACACUAUGGGCACGCUGGAGCCCCAAAUGAUAAGACUAUUGAAGAUGGAGACUUGUGCCUGUUUGAUAUGGGAGGAGAGUAUUACUGCUAUGGUUCUGACAUCACCUGCACCUUCCCUGCAAAUGGAAAGUUCACUCCUGACCAGAGGGCUAUCUACGAAGCGGUGCUGAAGUCGUCACGUGCUGUAAUGAAAGCAGUCAAGCCAGGGGUCGCCUGGCCUGAUAUGCACCGUCUGGCUGACAGAGUCCAUCUGGAGGAGUUGACAAAAAUUGGCAUUCUGAAAGGCAAUGUAGAUGACAUGGUGAAGGUUCAUCUGGGUGCAAUAUUUAUGCCACACGGACUUGGACAUCUACUUGGAAUCGAUGUGCAUGACGUUGGAGGCUACCCAGAGGGAGUGGACCGCAUUGACCUGCCAGGGCUCCGAAGCCUGCGUACUGCCCGGAACCUGGAGCAGGGCAUGGUGCUGACCAUCGAACCAGGCAUCUACUUCAUCGACCACCUCUUGGACCAAGCUCUCCGCGAUCCUGCGCAGUCCUGUUUCAUCAACAACGAUGUCCUGCAGCGUUUCAGGGGAUUUGGUGGGGUCCGGAUCGAAGAUGACAUUGCAGUGACAGCCAGUGGAAUGGAGCUGCUAACGUGCGUCCCACGUACUGUUGAAGAAAUAGAGGCUUUCAUGGCAGAAGGCCAAAGCAGUGUCAAGUCAUUUGACUCCUUGUCCAGCCAAAAGCAGUAAACUGGAGGGGGAUACUUAAUGUCUCAUGCUAAUCAGUCAUCAUUCUGAUUUAAUGCUGUGGCAUAUAAAAUGCAUCUAAUUCUUAGUAGUGAGAGAAGCAGGCUGGCUAUUAGCUGGAAUGAUUCAUUAAUUAAAAAUGAAGGUAGAAGGCUUCAGCACUGGAUAUCCAGGUAAACCAAAUGUUGCUGCUUGCAGUCAGCAGUUCAAAUGACAAGUGCCACCUGAAUAAACCUGCUGCAUAAUUGGUGGGGCUUACACUUCUAUCAGAGCUUAGCUCUGACAUAUCUUUCUUCCAAUGAAAUCUGAAUUUUGAUGAUACAGACUCUUUAAAGUAACAAGUGGAUUAUAUGAAUGCUGUCAGCAGUUAUAACAAUCUAAGUCAUUUAUUAAACUUCAGCACAAGUAUUGUGAAAAUCAGCUAUUCUCAGUGGACACAAUGACACGUAUAUUUUUCUUAUGGAUCUUAUUUCAAUGAAAAUGGAGUAAACAGAAUGAAAUUUUUAUUAAAAUUCAUCCAUGGCA